AUCGAAAUUAACUCGGCACUUCUUUUCUAUGCGCGCCAUCACAGUAGCAUUGAUUACACUAUGAAGUGAUCAUAGGUCAAAAUAAUCACCCUCGUGUGUAGAUUUGAGUGUAAACAAAUUUGAAUAAUUUUUCUAGAAUUAGCUAUUAAUAAACAAAUUUUUUUUAAUGUUUUAUAAUUUACUUCAUUUUUGAUAUUAUUAUUUGUACAUUUAAUCUUAGUUUUAAUGUGAAAUGUGUCUACCUGAUAUACAAAAACCUGUUGAUGAUUUACCCGUAUCAGAUAAUGAAGUAGAUCAAGGAAACGAAAUGAAUAAUGAUACUGAUCAAUCCUCAGAUAUUGAAUCAUCAUCAGACUCCAAUUUAGACAGUUUAAAUAGCUGGAUGAACGAACAUGAUUACGUUGAAGAACAACAGUCAGAUAUUGAGUUUGAUCCUUCAGAACAUAGUGAUGAUGAUGUGUCUCUAUCAAAUGAUAGUGAUGAUACAGACAAUAUGGAUAAUGAUGUUGAAGAUACAUCAGUAGAUGAGGAUGAAAAUCAAGUUCCUAAUGAUUAUGAUAAUAUAGAAGAUGAUGAUGAAGAAGAUGAUGUAGUCGCAGCUUUUAUUGCUGCUAGUUCCGAAAGAAAUAGAAACCAUCCUCCUAAUUUAAAUGUAGGAAGUAAUGUUCUUAUUGGUGGAUUAUCUUUUCAUCCAUGUACUAAUAUUAUUGCUACUGGUCUUUCAAAUGGAGAUAUUUCUAUGUAUAAAUACAGCAAUGAAAAAAAUGACUUUUUAAGAACUAAUGAUAAUGUUCACUUAAAAAAAGUAAUGCUUUUAGAAUUCGAUCAAUCGGGUGAUUACAUUUAUUCAGUUUGUAAAGAUAAUAAUGUUUCUGUAUCUGAUACAGAAACUGGGAAAAUGAAAGUUUAUUUUGAAAAAGCUCACCGAGAAGGAGGUUUUGUGACUUCAUUAUGCCUUAUUGAUAAUAAUACAUUUGCAACUGGAGAUGAAGAUGGUUUAAUUAAUGUGUGGGACAUUCGAACAAAUGGAUGUAGAUUUUCAUUUAAAAAAACUGAAGAUAGUAUAAAUUCAAUGAUUUCUUUAGACAAUCAACUUGUUAGUGCAUCUGGUGAUGGAAUAUUAACUGUUAUGGAUCUGUUAACCAAAAAGAUGAUAAUACAAUCAGAGCCUUACAAAUCAGCUUUAACUAGUUGUGUCACAAUGAAAAGAAAAACAAAGAUAGUAUGUGGUACAGGAGAAGGAUCUUUAAUUACUUUUAAUACUGGUGACUAUUCUAUGUUCAAUGAUGAAUUCCCUUGUGUUGACAAAGGUGCAGCUGUAAACAAAUUAUUACCAGUUACUGAAAAUAUUGUUAUAAGUGCUUUAGAUAAUGGAAAAAUAAGGGCUACUCAUUUAUUCCCAAAUUGUCAUUUGGGUAUUGUUGGACACCAUCAAGAAAUGUCUGUAGAUCUAUUGGAUAUAUCUGACAGUGGGUGUCUUCUUGCUUCUUCAUGUUUUUUUAGCAAUAUUAUUAAAUUUUGGAAUAUAGAAUUUUUUGAAGAAUUUGAUGUUAAAAAACAUUUUAAAACUGUAAAUAAUAAAGACUUCAAUUUACCAUCAUCAAAUGCUGUUAAUGUUACAGAUUUUUUUUCAGGUUUAGCAUAAUAUUGACUUUUAAAUAAAAAAAAUGUCAUGUGAUUCUAA